AUGGCUUCAUACUACGCAGGGUCUUAUGAAGAGCCACACUUUCUAGAGUCUUGCUCUCUUUGCCGUAAACACCUUGGUCUUAACUCAGACAUCUUCAUGUAUAGAGGAGACAAGGCGUUUUGUAGCAAUGAGUGUAGAGAAGAACAGAUUGAGUCUGAUGAAGCCAAGGAGAAAAGCUGGAAAGUUUCUGCUAGAUCUCUCCGUAAAAAAUCUUCCGAAGCUGCUAAAGAUUGCAAAACCGUUCGGACAGGAACUCUUGUGGUGGCUUAG